AUGUACUCUUAUCAGUAUAAAAUUGUAAAAACAUUUUUAUGAGUAUAAAUACAAAGAAUUCUGUCAAAAAUCCAUAUAUACCUUUGUAUUCUUCGCUAAUGGUAAAUUUGAACAGUGCUUUUGAAAAAAGAUGUAUUACUACGUAUUCUUACUUUGCACUCUAUUGGUGCCGUUCACGCAAUCAUAUACGUUAGUUAAUAACGUCGAGGAUGAUUUUUCAAUCGACGAUGUAACUGAUUACGAGGUGGUGCCUGUUCGUCACAUGCUCCAUAAACGGAGUAUCAAUGAAUUAACACUUCAUACUAAAAUAAAUGGUAAAGAGCGUGAAAUUUAUUUGCAACCUACUGAAGGUUUACUUGCAGGAACAGGGACGAAGAUUUUCACAGCCUCAAGAGGUUACCAAAGGGAAGUGGAUUUUAAACUAGAACCGAAUAUUAUGAACAACAUCUUUUUGAAUUUUUAUCAAGAUCCAAAAAGUUCUUCAUCUAUUACUCACAGUGUUAAUAAAUACGGCAAUUCUGAAUUUAAUGGAAUUAUUAAUAGAAACAUGGUAAUACGUCCACUGCCUAAGCAUUUACGUCAACGUCGUGAUCUUUUGAAAAGCAAUACUUCAUCAUUUGAAAGUGUAGCCGAUGGUUUUAUUGAAACUACUGAACAUAUAAUUUUUAAACAAGUUUUCAAAAAUGCAUCCCAAUUGUCUGCGCCUAAAAUGUACAAUGAUGAAGCUUCAAAUAUUAAGAACGUAUCUCGAAGAUCAGCUAAAGAGUUACCGAAAAUAGUGUAUCCAGAAAUUAUGGUUUUCGUUGACGACAUACUUUUCAAGAAAUUUAAUUAUGAUAUGAUAAGUGCAGUAGAAUAUACCUUGAGUUUUUGGAAUGGAGUUGAUUUAAGAUUUAGAGAAUUUGAAAAACCAAAAAUUCGUCUUAAUAUUGCUGGAAUAGUAUUAAUUAAGGAACCACUGCCAUUUAUAAGAAACGGAAUUGCCAAUCUUGGAGGUGACAGGAUAUAUACAGACUUGUCAUUCAAGGAAUUUAAAAAGUUUUUAGAUGAAGAUAAAGUUCUUCAACAUGAAAAGAAUUAUGAUAUAGCAAUGUUAAUAACUGGAAGAGAUAUGGUGGAUGAUCAAACUGGAGAGUCUUCAGUAGCUGGUUAUGCCACUGUUGGAGGAGUAUGUAUGAGUAAAGAGAAUGGUUAUUAUCAAUACAGUUCUUGCGGAGUAGCUGAAGAUCAGAAUGGUUAUGGAGGGAUAAAUACUGUUGCUCACGAAUUAGGUCAUAUCCUUGGUGCACCUCAUGAUGAAGAGGAAUUUACAUCAUCCGGAGGUAGCACAUAUAAUACUAAGUAUUGUCGUCAAGAGGAAGGUUACAUUAUGAGUUAUAAUCAUAACACCAAAAGCAAGAUUUUAUUCUCUCCUUGUUCAAAACAGGUUAUUAGAGAUAUUUUAAGCCAAGACUUUGCAAAGUGCGUACAAAAUAAUCCUGCAGAAUAUGAAAACAACAAACCACUACCGAGAAUAUUACCUGGUCAAUUAAUGUCUUUAGAUCAACAAUGUAAAAAUUUUGGUUACAUUAGAUGCAACCUUGAGAGUACAACAUGUUUAGAUUUGUGGUGUGUCAAUUCACAAAAUGGAGGAUCAUAUACCUCCAUAUCAUCCAGAGACCCACCAGCAGAAGGAUCUUCCUGUGGUGAAGGGAAGUAUUGCUUAUCAGGAGAGUGUGUAGAUAUUGUUAAAAGCUAUUCAGACAAACCGAAUUAUAAACCAGUAACAAAAAGGCCAUACAAGAAGCCUGUCGUACCAAAAAAUCCAAUCAUUACAAGAGUACCAACUACCACAGUGACUCCUGUCUUUGUACAACGUCCAAAGAAUGUACGAGUUACACCAAAGCAUACAAUAAAGGUUUGUACGAAUGGUGAUUGCGAAGUAAAAGAGGUUGAUGAGGCCUUUUUCAAUAAUUUUGUGAAGCAACAUAGACUAAAAUAUAAUUUUUGGAAUUAUUAAUGUACAAUUAUGAAUUACUUUAAUUUGUAUUUUAUGUAAAAGAUACUCAAUGUAGAGAAAUAAAAAUGAAGUAAUUUGUUAUAA